AUGUCGAGCAAUCAUCCGAGUCUAGAAUCACCGAUAUCUCGUCCAGAUUCUGGGGAUGUUGGCCCAGAAAAGAUAGACCCAGAUUCAACCCCCAAUGCCGAAAAUACUGGAACUGGUCCCGACAUUCCCCAAGAUGCCAUUCGUAAGGAAGAGGAUGCGGUGGGGGAGGCAUAUCAUGGAUUGGCACUCUCUCUUCGUGGUUGCGAUUGGGAACAGCUUCAGAAGAAGUUUACAGAUGCGAUGGAUGAGAGAACCCAGGUAGAAAUGACUCUGCAUAGUGAAACUGCGGAGUUGCUUGAGAUGUUUGUUGCGUGGUCACAAACGACAGUCUCCUGCGACGAAGAUAGGGCAUAUAAGAGGUUCAAAACGCGAAUGAGUUUCACGCAAAACCACGAAACAAAACUAGAAGAGAAGAAAAAACACUAUGCCGAUGUUGUAAGGGCAUUUGAAAAUGCUCUAGCACUCCUACGUGUCGACUGA